AUGGAAGUGACAGAAAGGUGGCUGAAUAAGUUGAUAGACAUGGAGGAGGUGAUGUAUCAGGGAAUGAUUUUGGGGCCAAUGAUUGUUAUGUUGACUAGUUUCUAUUCAAUCAAUCUUGUUUCCGUCAUGUUUGCUGGUCACAUUGGCGAUCUUCAACUUGCUGCUGCGAAUCUUGCUCAUUCGUGGGCUGUGAUCACUGGUUUUUCUUUCAUGUUUGGAUUAAGUGCUGUAGUCGAGCCAUUAUGUCGACAAGCAUAUAGAACGAGAACGUACAGGAUGUUGCAGAUACAUUUGCAAAUAUCAUGCAUCAUAUUGUUCUUCUUUUCAAUUGCGAUCGCUCUUCUCUGGUGGUAUUCCGAUGCAAUUUUGGUUCAUGUAUUUCAUCAGGAUUAUGAUAUCGCUAAAGAAGCCGGGGUGUACUUGAAAUUUCUUAUACCUGGAUUGUUUGGAUAUGGUGUUUUGCAAAAUGUAAUGAGAUUUCUUAAGGCGCAGUCGAUUUUAGAUCCUAUGUUUGUGUUUUUGCUGGCGUCUUUAGUCAUACACAUUGCUAUCAUCGCGUAUGCUUUGGUUCAUUGGACAGGUCUUGGUUUUAAAGGAGCAUCAUUAGCAACAUCCAUUUCCAUUUGGAUUUCACUCCUCAUGUUUAGCCUAUACGUGUUCUUCUCGAAUAGUUUCAACCAUAUCACCUGGAAUUACGGUUUCUCAUUCGAGCCAUUUCAUCAUCUCGUUACAAACUUGAAAUUGGCUUUGCCUUCUGCUGCCAUGGCCUGCACUUGUGAGAUUGUUGUUGUUGUUGUUGACGAUGUACAUAGAUAUAUACACAGUUUGGAGUGCUGCGGUUUUGAGAUUCUUGUGUUAUUGGCUGGCUUAAUGCCAAAUCCGGUAACAACUAUUUCCACAAUUGCGAUGAGUUUAAAUAUCCAAGCCAUCGCCCACAUGCUGUCUUCCGGUCUGAGUCUAGCUGUGAGGCUUAACAUGCAUAUAUAUAAUGUACUAGGAGUAACGAUUACUCCUUCUGUUUCAAUUUCACCAGAGCUACAAACAAGAGCUGAAAAUCCCGGCGAAGUUAGACAUGUCGUGGCUGCUGCUGUCAAGUUAACUAUUCUUUUCGGUCUUGAUCUUUGUUUGGCUCUAUUGAAUCAUCAUGUUGGCUGGGCUGGCCUCUUCAGCAAUAACGCGGAGAUAAUUAAGAAAUUUGCGUCCAUGAUACCGCUUCUAUUAAUAUCCUUUAUAUUGGAUUUCUCUCAAGGAAUUUUAUCAGGGGUUAUGGAUCGGCUUGAUAUGUGGUCUAGCUAUUUGAGCUUCCGGCUUAUUGCUACUGACAUUAUCGCCGAGAUCAUGGAAACAGAUCGAGGGCUCAACAAAUGGCCAUCGACAAAGUGA